AAAUUUUCAGGCCACAAUGGCUUUCUUGGGACAGGACUGGGAAGUAAUAUCAGCAAUAGUCCUAGUGCAUUGAAUGAUACAAGAACCCAAGUUCAAGUUAUGUGCUGUUCAUGUAUUCAUUCGCGUGAGAAAGAUGCAAAUUCUUCGCCAACUUCAAGAUGCCUUAUAACAGCUCGGAAGGGAUGCUUUCGUUUUUUCGACGAAAACAAACCCUACAUAUUUUUUGCACUGCUUAUAUUUUCUGUCUUUGUUAUAUUUAGCAGGAACACUGAGAUCUUUCUAGAAAGCCUGCGUUAUUUACAAGGCUUGAACGAGGGAAAGCAGAUAGCCCUAUUUGUAGCUCUAUUCGUGUUCGUAUCUCAGCCAAUUUCGUGGGGCUACAUCGUUCUGAAUGUAAGUGCGGGCUUUCUCUAUGGAUUCAUUGGUGGUAUCAUUGUGGUGUGUGUAUCUUCCUCUAUCGGCAUAUCUACUGUCCACUUCGCUAACAGAGUGUGUUUCAAACAGUGUCUAUCGAAAGUGAUCACCAAGUUGCCUCAGAGAGUGACGCCGAUGAUGGAUCUGCUGAAGACGAAACACGCCUUCAAACUGGUUCUUCUCUCUCGGCUCACCCCCCUCCCCUUCGGCCUGAUGAAUGCAUUCUUCGCUGUGAGUGAAGUGUCCAACUGCAACUACAUUGUAGCCUCAGUGCUAGGUCUCUUGCCAACCCAAGCAAUCAACGCAUACAUUGGAACUACACUGAGAUCGAUAGAAGAAGUGACUUCUAGCAGACACAACAAGAGUUACUACAUCAUCCUCAUCUUUCAAAUAGCCGCCUGCUUUCUCGUCUCCUCAUUGGUAGUCAGACUAGCCAAUCAGAAUCUAGAUAGCAAACUGCAACAAGUCACCACGAGUGGUGCAAACAACAGCGGCGGUGGAAAUAAUGGGGGUGCAAAUGUAAUUAGCAAUGGGGGAGGGGGGAGCAAACAGGCGGUGGUUGUGAAGAAGAAGCAGUGCAAGCAGAGUCCUCGUGUCACUGAUGAUGAAGACGACGAAGAUGAAAGUGAUGACGACGAAGGUGACAGAGAGACUAAAGAACUCUUAGGUGGCGGGGGUUCGUCAGGAAGUCGCACCUCUUCGAGUCUCUCUUGCAGCCACAAAUCUAAUUUAUCUUCCAGGCCAAAUGGAGUCUCAAAUGUAGUGUUUAGAGAGGACAUGGUGUGACAGUAGUAGUGUGCAGAAUACUGGUGUAGUCCUGUAAAUAUAGUUUUAUAUUCCUCAUUUCUUAAUUUGGACCUGUGUAACUCAUUGAGCAACUAUUCCGCUCCUAUUGUUUAGUCAUAAUUUAUUGAGUUGAAAUGUCUUUCAGAUUUGCUGAACGGUUCAAGGCAAAACCUUGGAAGGUAGAAGUUAAAUUUGAAUUACUAUUUUGGGG